CACGUAACUGGCAACCCAAGUCAGUCAGCGUGCAGGCGUGCAUGCAGUAUUGUGCCGGAGAAGCAGACUCCCCGCAGGGAUCCUCAGGGUUACACACACUGCUGUUUAGAUGGCUGACAGAAAGGAGUAACUUAGUGAACGGUGCCGCAAACGCUCUGUGAUCAUCCAGCAAUUGUCUCAGGGCAUUAAUUACGAUAUAAUGGAGCAAGAAUUUGAAGACAUUGAUUCGUCUGGGAAAUGGCAAAACCUUUACAAUGAGAUCCGUAACCAAGCCAGUGACUAUCCUUACAAGGUGGCAAAACUUCCAGCGAAUCGGAAUUUGAACCGCUACAGAGAUGUCAGCCCAUAUGAUCACAGUCGGGUAAAACUUGAAAACUCCGAAAAUGACUACAUCAAUGCAAGUUUAGUCAUGGUGGAAGAAGCCCAAAGAGCUUACAUUCUUUCUCAGGGGCCAUUGAGGAAUACCUGUGGUCAUUUCUGGCUGAUGAUUUGGGAGCAGUGUUCCAAAGCUGUUAUAAUGCUCAACAGAAUCAUUGAAAAGGGAUCUGAAAAGUGUGCACAGUACUGGCCCACCACAGAGGAGCUACAGAUGUCUUUCACAGACACAGGGUUUGUUGUCAAAUUACUUUCAGAGGAGGACCAAUCCUAUUACACGAUCCGAGUGCUAGAACUGCAAAACACAAUGACGGGGGAGUUAAGGGAGAUCUACCACUUUCACUACACCACAUGGCCUGACUUUGGUGUCCCAGAAUCUCCAGCCUCCUUCCUCAACUUCCUCUUCAAGGUUCGGGAGUCUGGUUCGUUGGGACCGGAGCACGGGCCCGCAGUGGUGCACUGCAGCGCUGGGAUUGGCCGCUCAGGGACCCUCGCCUUGGUGGACACCUGCCUGGUCCUGAUGGACAGGAGGAGGAACCCAUCAUCAGUGGACAUACAGAAGGUGCUACUAGACAUGAGGGAAUACCGCAUGGGCCUGAUCCAGACCCCUGACCAGCUCCGCUUCUCCUACAUGGCUGUCAUCGAGGGAGCCAAGCUCAUCCUAACAGACAAGUCAACAGCCCAGCAGAACAAGCAGAGAGUGCUGUCCAGAGCUGCAUUGGAGCCAGAUCUGCCCCCUCCACCCCCUCCACCUAGACCUCACCUCAACGACAGCAGGCCCAAUGGUCAGCCAGGACCCUGUCUGGAGCCACAGGCCGCCUCAGGAGACCACCUGCCGGCACGAGACCACCUGCUGGCACAAGACCACCUGCCGGCACGAGACCACCUGCCGGCAGAAGAGACAGACAUCCCAGACCACAACAUGACAGAGAACUUGGGGUAUGUCAGAAAGCGACACCGUGAGGAGAGGAUUGCAAGCACCUCACAGAAGGUCCAGCAGAUGAAACAGAGACUGACCGACUCGGAGAGGAAACGAGACAACUGGCUGUAUUGGAGACCCAUUCUGCUCAACGUCGGUGCAGGGACAGCUGUGGCUGUCGGCCUGAUGUUGUGCUGGAUGUACUCCCAGUGAAACACUUUGGGUCACUUAAAGCUGACUCCUAUUUUGCACCAGUACCUGGCAUUAGGUACUUCUCUAAGUAGAUGUAGAUGGUAAUAUGUGCAUAACUGAGGGUAUUUAUUUCUUAAGGUCAAAAUGCGGGAGCGCUAGAUCAAAUGAUUGUGUGUAUAUUUUUCAUGUAAGAUCUUAACAAAAAUAGAAACAUCUCAGGAUCUUGGUGCCAGCACGAUGAUUUCAUUUCCUUUCCUUCUUGUCACUGUUGAUGAAUGUACUGUACCAUAGCAAAUCGCUUGGAAAGGAAACUUACUAAAGGUGCAGUACAAAACAAAAAAAUAAUUCUGACAAGUUGGGUUUUUUGCAUUCUUUAUUUGUAUUGGUGAGAUGUGUGUUGGUCAUCUGUGGACACAUUUUACAAAAUUAUGUUUUGAAAGUGUCAACUGUCCAUCCUACCAUAGAUAUGUAGAAAGACUUCAAAGCCUAGAGGUCAGCUAUGUGAGUUUUUGUUUUUCUGUAAUGAAAUGUGCAUGCAUGCAUUUAGAGGUUUUCCAGAGCACCACUUGUUCUUCCAUUCACAUUUAGCAGGGGCAUCCCAAUACGGCCAGAUAUAUAUUUUUGUGUGACUGGACACUUUAUGGGGGAGCUGCCUUGCUGAUGUUUUUAACUUUGCUAGAAUGUUAACAUUUUAUUUUCUAUUAUAUGAGCACCUUUUUUCAUAGGUUUUGGUUGUCACAUGGAUUAUACAAGCUGACAGGUCUCUCGCCGCUUAGUGCGUGUAUUUACCCACUGGAUGGGUUCAUGUGUGUAUGUUCAGGUUGUUCCACUGUUGUUUUUGAGGAAACCAAAGCAAAUCUGUCCGUUUUUGGAAAGUAACAGCCAGGCAAACUAUUAAAUAAAAUUGUGGAAUGUA